AGAUUUAUGAUCUAAGCUGCUGCUGGAUUGUGUAUCAUCGCCGACGACCAUCUGUUGUGCAUAAGUGCAUAACUGCUAUGGUGUACACUGAUAACGUGAAUGGUGUUGUGAUACUAUUCCGCCGUGUGUGUUGUGUUCAAAUAGCAACAAACAACAGUAUAUUAUUAUUAAUAUUAUAAUAAUUUAUACAAUAUUUGUAUCCUAAUGGCUAAUAAUGUUGGUUGGUUGGUUGUGAAUGCGUCGUAGUCAAUAGUUUUGAGUUACCUAUAACGCGUCCGUGCGCGUCCGACUCAACUCAAGAUACGUUUUUGUUUUGUCCGUGGGUGUGUGUGCGUCAGCGUGUGUGUAUGUGUGUUUUUCUCGACCUGACGUUGUUUAUCCAUCGAUCGGGCGGCGACAAUCAUUGCAAUUUUAAGCGGCGACAGGCGUUCGCUCAACGACGUCGAUUUCAUUCUUCUAUAGUAUAAAAUCUACACUGUUUGGUGUUACAGUCUAUCAAUUUUCAUCACUCGUUCUUAGAAACACUUYGAACGUUCUGUUCAGCCCUGAAGUACAUUAGUAAGGCAAUAUGGUUGCUUAGGUGGUUGCGAAUAAUUAAGAUAUUCAAGGUGGUGUCUGAUUUUGACUUGUGCGAUGUCAGUGGUGUGYCCUACAUUAUUGCAUCUUGUAGGAUCCCGUGUCAUACGUGGUCCUAGCUGGAAAUGGAACAAGCAGGAUGGAGGAGAAGGUUUUUUAGGAACAGUUAGGAGUUUUGAGUCUCACGAAGAGGUUGUCGUUGUUUGGGAUAAUGGAAUAGCGGCUAACUAUAGAUGUUCCGGUCAAUAUGAUUUGCGUGUUUAUGACAGUGGACCAACUGGACACUCCAAGCAUGAAGGGGUUGUGUGUAAUGCGUGUAAACAGACACCUAUCAUCGGACAUCGUUGGAAAUGCAUGAGCUGUCCAGGCAAUGAAGUUGCAAGUGAUAGUUCUGUCGAUUUGUGUUUUAUGUGUUAUCAUAGUGACAAACACAAUGUUCGACAUAGGUUUAUAUUGAUUCAACAACCUGUACCAAGAGAAUUACUAAAAGACCCCCGUGGUCUAGGUGAAAAUCCAAUUAUAUUAGAUCAAAGAAAAAAAUCUAAGAAAAUAACAUUGCGUGGUAUUUUCCCUGGUUCACGCGUUGUACGUGGUGUUGACUGGCAAUGGGAUGAUCAGGAUGGAGGAUCUGUUAAUCAGAGAGGUUUGAAUAAUGCUGUCUCGCCGACAAACGUUAAACGUGGAAAAGUGUGUGAAAUUCAAGACUGGUCUGCUACGACAGGCAGUGUUCGUUCAGCCGCUUAUGUCCAAUGGGAUGUAAAUGGUAACACAGCUGGGUGUGUCAAAAAUUUGUACCGGGUCGGAUUUGAAGGAAUGUCUGACUUGAAAUGUGUGUCUCCAUCUAAAGGAUUUACAACCGUGUACAGAGACCACCUGCCAUUGUUAGGCCAACAUCAGCACCAACAGUGGAAUGACCAGCAUAACCAAGGAGUACUAAGUUUAAAUCAUUUACAUAACCAACUACAAUACCAACAGCUAGAGAUUGGUGAUCGGGUAAGAGUUGAUCUGGAAUUAGAUGUUGUAAGAGCUAUGCAACAAGAUCAUGGAGGUUGGACAGAAGGCAUGUAUGAAGAAUGUUUGGGAGGCGGAGUUAGAGAAAGUGCUUCUAUUGGAUCGGUGGUUGGUAUUGAUGAAGAUCAUGACAUUGUUGUUCUGUAUCCAAGUGGCAAUAGGUGGACAUUUAAUGCAGCUGUACUUACAAAAGUUGGUGGACUUAGUGAUAAUCCAGUGGCAGGUAGUUCUAAUUCAGCUGCAAGUUCAUCACAUGAUGCAUAUGUUAUCAAAGUAGGAUCAACUGUAAGGAUUUCUAACGAUUUGGAAUUUGUGCGCCGAUUGCAAAAAGGYCAUGGCGAAUGGGCUGAUGCCAUGUCUAUGACUUUGGGUGAAAUUGGUUACGUGCAACAAGUUUAUGAUGAUGGUGAUCUCAAGAUAGUUGUAUGCAACACAUCGUGGACAUAUAACCCACGAGCAGUUACUCUACUAAAUACACAUAAUAAUGGAAUCAUGGGAUCAGUCAGUGAAGUGAUUCGAGAUGAAACUCAAAAUGAUAAACGACUAAGAUUAUUUCGUGAGAGGGAAGUAUURGGACGUGAGCUGGUGAUGUCAGCAGCUAAUGGUGAUGUCCAAAACUGUCGUAAGGUUUUGGAAAAGGAAAGACUAAGGAAAUUAUGUCUAAUGAAGCUACAGUCAACUGAAGAGCCAAUGACACUCAGCUAUGCUCUUACACCAAGACUAGCUGCCUUGUCCGGUAAUUACACUCCUCCACCCACAGAUGACGAGUUGAUAUUUACAAACUUUGUGAGUAGUGGGCACACAUCUCUGCAGGCCGCUGCUCAAAAUGGUCAUAUCAAUGUUUGUCGAGCAUUAAUCGGAGAGUUUGGUGCUAAUGUUGAAUUUCAGGAUAGAGAUGGUGAUCGUGCUAUUCAUCAUGCUGCGUUUGGUAACCAGCCUCAAGUGGUGCAUAUGCUGUGUGUUGUUUAUGAUGCUGAUAUAAAUGCACGUAAUAAACGAGGACAGACUCCUCUGCAUAUCGCUGUUAACCGUGGGUAUGCUGAUGUAUGUCGCAUUCUGUUACGCCUCAACUGCUUGCCAAACCUACAGGAUAACGAGGGUGACGCACCACUACACGAUGCCAUAUCUCGGAGACGCGAUGACCUUGUAGCUAUGUUGUUGGAAGGAGGAAGUGGAAGCAUUGUCACUAGUAAUGUACCUUCAAGUGCUGUGGCUGCCAGUGUUUUGAAUGGAUGUGAACGUGCCUAUGACCGCUCAUUUUCUAAAUCAGCGACUACAGGUCAGGCUAUGACGAGUUCUACCUUGAUGAAUAGUUCAAACACAGCAACGUCCAGUAUAGUUGUCAAUGCUUCUUUAGCACCUAAAGAUAACAAUGUUGCAAAUACUGUUACAACCAAAGUGGAAAAUGAAAAAAGUACAUUGUCAAUAAUGAGUGGUCAAGAAAAUAGUGUUGCUGGUUGUUCUGCUGCCACAGCAUGUUCUUCCUCUGAGGAACCUUCAAAAUCUACAGAAACAAGUGAAAGUGGUGUCACAACUCCUGAUACAGAACCAGGAUUUCCAGCUAUUGGAUCACCACCCGCUGAUCUUAUGGUGGUUAAUACUAAUGGUUUCAAUCCACUGCAGCAYGCAGCACUACGUGGCAAUCCUGGAGCUACCGCCAUCAUAUUGGACUGGAUCGCCACAAAUGGCGGCCGUGGCAACAACACCACMGGUCAUCGCUUCUGGGUCGUGGAUGAGCCCAAAGACGACGGAUACACCGCUCUGCAUUUGGCUGCUCUCAACAAUCACAACCGUGUGGCGGCAUUGCUACUGGUUCGUGGCCGAGCCGACCCAAACAAACGAAACGUCAACAAGCAGACGGCUCUUCAUCUGGCCGUGGAACGUCAGCACGCAGAUAUCGUCAGGCUCCUCGUUCACCACAAUGCCGAUCCGAACAUCCCUGAUAAAGACGGGGACACGCCCAUGCACGAGGCUUUGCGCCAUCACACGUUGCUACAACUCAAGACAGUCGGCACACCACCUCCGCCUGGAGUGGGCUUGGGAAACAGUCCUAGGGAUCCCAACACUAAGUUCCGGUUUGACGGCGGUGGUGGCAUAUCACUGCGAAACAUUCUCGCUGGCAACAGGGUCGUUCGUGAUUACGCGCAACUGGCAAAUGACGGAGAAAACUUGUAUUCAUCAGUCAGCCGUACCGUWACGAGCCAGCCCUGUCCUGUUGAACAGGCGGCAUCACUUUGGGCGGCCAAGGGUCCCGCAUACUUGGAAAUGUUCGCAUCGCCGGUGUCCGCAGUGCAAAGAUUGAUGGCCGAACUCCUUGGUGCAGCCGAUGAGUUUAGACGUUUGCGCAUCGGUUCUAGCAGUGACAACGAUGCAGAUGACAAUAAUGAAAAUGACCUUUCUACAGUCGAUGCCACGCCCGUCUUGAACAACAUGCCACCCCCGAUCAAGAAUAAUAAAUCGAAGAAAAUAAUAAACUGCCGUCGGGUAAAGAAAUCUCCACUGCGAACUGUACGUCAACAGACCGUCGACGAUCAAACCGGUCCGAAAUUGGCCGGAGAGGCACGUACUGCUGCCCUGGAAGCCGCCAUGGCUAUUUCUGGUUAUGGUAGUCGGAACCUUGGUGAACGACCAACACGUCGACCUGGACCAAGUUCUGAUCAUAAUAUGGACGGAGAAGGGCGCCCGGACGCUCAGACUKCGACUUCUGAACAGGGUAAUCAAGAUAAUCUCAGACGGCCUACGCGUGGCCCUGUGUCCCGAUCUGCACCAGCUUCACCAAUUAAUGAUAACGUGAUUCCGCCACCACCGAAUGCCACAGUAGUUGUUUGCGUGCUUGCUGGCACGGGUCGCGCUGAUUUAUGGGUGCGCAACAACCGUGGACAAACACCAUUGGAUCUUUGUCCUGCUGACCAACCUUUGCGCCGUGCUUUGAUAAAGUGUUGUGAUGCGGCUGCACAAGCCCGCAACGUUCAAACUACUAACACCACUGCCACCGCUGUAGGCGAAACCAGUGCACCGACUCUCUCCGAGCGGUCUCAUCAAUCCCAACUGAUGCUUAACAAYAUGCCACCAGACUACUCUAUCAAGGCGCCGUAUCAUGAUGCGUACGCCCCAUUGAUGUCAAAAGAGCUAGACCCUCCAAAAGAUUGCUACAAGACAUUCGCUGCUCGAAGUGAUGCAGCAUUCCUUAGUCUUUCGAAAUCAGUCGCCGACCGUUUUUUGAGCAUCGGGAUUCCUCCCCCGUCGCCUAGUAUGAUGUUGCUAGGAGAUAAUACACCGGCGGUUCUUUUGAAUGUUAGGCCCUCUACUUCCAGUGCCACUAUGCCUGUUGGUAGCGAUUCUGGUGAGAGRGUGGAUAGAAACUUGAUGAGAGAAACAGUCAAUGACGUUAACAGAAAUGACCCAGAACCAGAAUCUAUGGAUGACGAAAGCAUUUUAAGCAUCACUAGUAAUGCUAACGGUAGCAUAGUGAUUGAGAAUAGUAAUAAUAGUAGAGCACCUACUACACGCAAUCAUAUGGACAUAGCAGCCGGUGGAAGCAACAAUAGCCAACCUUCCACUUCAUGUGAUCUAUCAGUUAUAAAUAACACAAUGUCYCGAUCACGAGACAAGCGAACUAAUGAGUUAAAACAGGAGCAAAUUAACAUUGCAAAUGCGCCAUCACAGGAAGGACUACAAAAUUCCCCCAUGGACGUGGCUGCAGCAAAUCCUCCUGGUGUUCAGGAGCCAGGACUAGUGGAAAAGCUCAUGCAGCAGUUGAAUGAUCUCAAGGAAAUGAAUAUGUGCCCUGUGUGCUUGGAUCGAAUUAAAAAUAUGGUGUUUAUGUGUGGGCAUGGAACAUGCCAACUGUGCGGUGAUCGUAUGGCCCCUGGCCAACCUUGUCCCAUUUGCCGUAAACCAGUUGCACACAAGAUAUUAUUAUACUAGACCCAGACAACAGAACCAUCAAUAUUGAUAUAAAUCUUUUACUGAUUUUCUAGACAUAAUACCAUAACCAUUUAUUUUAAAUCCUUACUAUACUUUYGCUAGGUUACAUGAGAUUUUGGAGAGAUCUUAUUUAGUGUUGUAUACUUUUAUAAUUAAUUAUUUAAUUUUUUAUUAAAUUUAUCUCAUUAUUAGUUUAUUAUUUACUCUGAUGUAACCCUAGUAUGCACUUCAUUUUCUCCAAUUAAUACUGAGCCAUUAUCAAACAUUUAAAAAAAUAUUAGUUAUAUGAAUAAUACAAUUUUUUUUUUUUU